GGAAACGGAGAAAAGGCAAAUGACAGAUAAAGGGGAAGUGCAGUUUCAGAACCCAACUAACUCUCUCCUGCCUGCCUCCCCAGGCUCCACCAACCUCUUCUCCAGCUUCGUCCGGGGGACCCGCCUUGGACCCCAUGGCCAACCACAGAUUCAGCCCGGUGUCCGAAGGGAAGUCCUGCUGCGGAAUCUCCAGGAGAGCCCAGAUCUGUCUCUGCGUCUUUCUCUGUCUCCUGGUGGGGGUGAUCAUUGCGGUGGUGGCGGGAGUUCGGCUGUGGCACCAGCCGCUCAAGCACAGGGAGUGGAACGGAACCGGCAGCACUGCUCAUUUUCAGGAUAUCUUCCUGGGGCGAUGCUACAUCUACACUCAAUUGGUGCAGCCGGAGUUCAGAGAUAGAGAUUGCAAAAAGAUCGAGGAGACCUUCAGGAAUGCAUUUAUUUUUAAGGACCCCUGCGAGGUGACAGAGGAAGACUACCACCCACUGAUGGAGCUGACGAGUCAAACUGUGCCUUGUGACAAGACGGUCUUUUGGAGCAGAACAAAGGAGCUGGCGCAUCAGUACACAUGGGUCCGGCAGGAGAUGUUCACGCUGGAGAACACGCUGCUGGGUUACGUGGCCGACGGCCUCACCUGGUGCGGGGACUCAGGCUCUUCUGAAAUAAACUAUCAAUCUUGUCCAGACUGGAGGAAAGACUGCAAGAACAACUCUGUGUCUGUAUUCUGGAAGGUGCUGUCCAAAACGUUUGCAGAAAAUGCCUGUGGUAUGGUCCAAGUGGUGCUCAAUGGAUCCCUCAGUAACGCCUUUAGUAAAGACAGCACGUUUGGAAGCGUGGAAGUCCAUAAUUUGCAUCCAGAGAAGGUUCAUACACUGCAGGCCUGGGUGAUGCACGACAUUGGAAAAAGCCCCAGUGACUCAUGCUCGGGUUCCUCCAUAAUGGACCUGAAAUCGAUUAUGAGUAAAAGAAAUAUAAAAUUCACCUGCCAGGAUAACUACAGACCUGUCAAGUUUCUUCAGUGUGUGAGAAAUCCUGAGGAUUCAUCUUGCUCACUCAGGAUGUGAGCCAGUGAACACGGUGGAGCCCUGGCAGUAGAUGUCAACAUGCGUGACUCAGGGGCCACGCUGGUGGAAACCAGAGGAUUGGGGAGGAUCCUCUGUCAUAGUAUCUACACUGCAGAUGGAAGCCUUUUCCUCCAAAGUCGUGAACUAACUUACGUAAUUGGUGUAGUUCUUAUUUUGAUCUCCUAAUAGUCAAGAAAAAAAUAAUUGUUUUAAAAAAAUAGAAUGGAAAUUUUAUAGUAAGUUAUUUUAUUUUAGUUUUCAUAUGAUGCUUUCAUGCUGUUGAUAUGUUGGUAACAUCCAUUCUACUGAAGAAUGACCACACUGAACCUCUCUUAUUGGCAGGUCAAGAAAAGUAAAUGCCUAGACUUUUCAGAAAAGGUUACAUUUCUAAAUGAAUGAUCUUGUCUCAGGAUAUAUUUCUGUACCUUUCCUACAGAUAAACUAUGAAUGCCAUGGUUAUGGGUCACAUUGGGAGAAGUGUUCUGUGGGAUAUAAGCUACCCAUGUACUUGGUGCUUUAAUGCCAGCCUUUCCAACAGCACUAUGAGGUAGACAUUUUCACCUCCCAUUUGUUAAUAAUUUCCCUGGAGUCAUACAUUUAGUUCAAGGUAGAGAAUGAAUUUGAACUCAGCUUUAUCCGACUCCAAAAUUCAUGUGCUCUCUCUUUCUAGACCUAGAACACCAAACUGAUGGUGCCUUAUGUUCUCUUCCAAUAAAUAUAUGUCGGAUUUAAUCAAAUACAAUAGGAUCUGAAAUAUGAUUAUCCUUGGAUGGCUUCAAAACCGAUAUAUUUUUCCCUCCUCUUGCUCUUCCUUCUCCUCAUCUUAUAUACGUGGUAGGCAAUUAAAAUACGUAUUCGUUCCUGA